GAGCACGUGAUGGAAAGCCACUCAGAGCCCGGCCGCCGCGCCUCCCAGUUAUGUCUGAACCAGUGAUGGGGAAGGGUUGUUCUUGCUGUGUAGUGUGCGAAAUCUUGAGACGAAAUGAGUUUUAAUAGAGAUACCUUGAUACACCUGUUUGCUGGCGGAUGUGGUGGCACGAUGGGCGCAGUGGCCACGUGCCCACUGGAGGUGGUCAAAACAAGGCUUCAGUCCUCCUCCUUCAACUACAUGAGUGGUUCGCUGCCUCCACCUGCAGCCCAGCAGCGGGGCUCCACCACAUGCCCCACCGUGCCCCAACACCACCACCGAGGGGGAGGUGGUCUCCGCAGGCUGCACACUACCACUGCCUUCACCUCAGGCACACAGAUAGUGCAGUUGUCACAGCAGCUUCCAAACCCACCAGGACAGAGGCAGAGUCUGUCUAUCUUCCAUUGCCUCAAGUAUAUCGUGGAGGUGGAGGGCCCACGGGCGUUAUUCAGAGGCCUGGGUCCAAACCUGGUCGGUGUGGCGCCCUCUAGAGCCAUCUACUUCUGCUCCUACUCCCAGAUGAAGAAAUUCCUCAAUGGGAAGUUGAAACCCGACACGCCAAUCGUCCACGUCCUCUCCGCUUCCUGGGCUGGUUUUACUGCCUGCACUGCAACCAAUCCCAUUUGGUUCAUCAAGACACGGCUCCAGCUCGACCAUAGUUUAUAUGGCCGUGGUACCUCGGCUCUGGAAUGCAUACAGAAGACCUACCGUCAACAGGGUAUUGGUGGGUUUUACCGAGGAAUUACGGCCUCGUACUAUGGCAUCUCAGAAACGGUGAUCCACUUCGUUGUGUAUGAAUCCAUCAAAGCCCAGCUGAUGGCAUACAGGCAAGGCAACCCCAAUGAUCGAUCUGCACGAGACUUCCUGGAAUUCAUGCUUGCUGGUGCAACUUCAAAGACCUUUGCAUCCUCUCUCUGCUAUCCUCAUGAAGUCGCAAGAACAAGGAUGAGGGAAGAAGGCAGCAGAUAUCGUGGAUUUUGGCAGACUCUUGGGCUUGUUCUGCGUGAAGAAGGCUGGCAUGGCCUCUAUAGAGGUCUUGCAACGCAGCUGGUGCGACAGAUUCCGAACACAGCCAUCAUGAUGGCAACCUAUGAGGGCGUUGUCUAUGUCCUUACCAGGCAUUUUGGUGUGGCUGCAAAUGAAUUCUACGAUGAUGACUUUGAUGAUGAUGAUGACGGGUCUUCACUGUAGGUCCUUCCACAGUGGUGCUAGGGAAAGUCCCAUAUUCAGGGUUCCUAGAUGCAAGGUGUAGAUGAGUGUUGCUCAACACGUCUCCCAAGGUUGUAGCGAGCCAUUUUACCAAAGUGAACAUGUUGCUGAUGUUCAUGCUAUUCAAACUGGUUACUUAAUGUAACACAAGGUAUUGCGUAGACAUUUCAUGAAUGUAUCAAUUGCCAGGAUCAUUGUAAAGAAUAAUAGAACAUUUUUCUCGCUACAUAUCACUACUCAUUCUAAAUUCUUACUCUAAUUGAAGUCCUGUUUAAGAUAGAUGAGUUGUAAUGGUUUUGUCUUCCACUGCUCUCAUGGCUCAGUGUAGAGGUGGUGAUGGUGCUAGUGGUGACAGGACCUAUCACUGUCCCCUCUCAUUAAACAUUUGGCUUAAUAUUUAUAGAUCUUUGAAUUAAUGAUUUAUGUCUCAUUACUUUGUGGAAUUUUGAUAUGUACACAACAGUAAUUAAAACUUUGAUAUCUAUUUUAGUUAACAAGGUUCUGGAAUUUUCAGCAGAAUAAUAAAAUUCUUCAUUCAUUGGGCUCACACUUUGAAAUUGUCAGAAUAAGUAAAUAAGCAAAUGUUGCAUUUCAUGCUUAUUGCAAUGGCAAAAAAGUGUUAGUUUUCUCUGUGGUCAUGUACAUCAGUAUUUUGCAGCAAAUAUCAUGUAGGAUUGAACUUAGUAAUGCAGUACCAAUACUGGAGGAGCUUCAUAAAAAAAAAUAACAUGUCAAGAUAGGUCAUGUGCCUUUACAUUAAGACUGUACUGCUAUCUAAUAGUUGGAAAUCUAUUACAGCAUUUCAUGAAAUGUAAGUACUAUUCAUAAUUAUUAAACAUGUUUUUCUUUACCAUUGAAAUGUUUAAACAUGGAUCUUUCAAGGUUGUUUUGCAUUUAUUUAUAAUUUUUAAUUACAUUUUCCCAUGGGCUCCCGUCAUAUUUGGAGAGGCAAAUAAACUCAUCUGUAAUUCCUUAGCUGUAUCUUCUUAGUGUAGGUUUGAAGCAGUUAUACUGCAGAAUAUUGUGGCUGCUACUAUGUACGCAUAUAUUCACACAGUCUGUGCGCUGUUGUGUUCUAGUCGCACACAUUUAGACAUGUGGCUGUGAGUGUUAUUUAAGGUGUGAUGGCUUUGAAAACUGCAGGGUGAUUUAGUGAUAGUAAUACAAGAAUAACAGUUGCUGAUCAGUAUUGAGAGGUUUCCCAAAUGCCUGGCUUACCAUAGUGUUGUCAUGAGAGGCAUUAAUGAUGGAUGUCUUAUUACAUAUUGAUCAGUAACUUUUGUUACCAUAGUUGAUAUUCUUGAACAUGUGUAUCAUAGGUUGUGAUGGGUAUUUCCAAAAAAAUAUUGUGCAUGUUUGUUUUUAAGAUGUUUGUUUCAUUGUACUUAAAAAGCUGUGUCAGGUUUCCAUCUUUGUUGACCAGUCAUACUAAAUUUCUUUAAGUGUUGUGGCACAAAAAUUCAACUGCACUUUUUUAUAAUUUUUUUUAUUCAGUUCCUCUUAUUGUUCAUUAAAUUUGUGUGCUGUUGAGAUUAAAUGUAUAUAUUAUAAAUAUGUAUGUAUAUGUAUGUAGUUAAGAAUAAGUUGAAAUAGGCAGUUGUCAAAACGGACAGCCUUGCAUGUACAUAUUAAACAUUAGUGAGGGAAUUUCUGGGUAAUGUAUGGAAAGCCAGACUAAGGGAAAACAUUGAAUAGAAAUAGUAUUGAUACAGGCGUCUGACAAAGCAUAUUUUCUAAACACUGUCUAAAAAUCUGCCAUGUGAGAAAGUGAUAUACAGUUUACCUUCUUAUUGCUGUACAAAAGCUUAAUUACAUUUAACUGCCAAGCCUACCUAAAUACACAUUAGUGUGUAUGUAUAUGGAAUCUAGUUCACUGUGGCCACUGAAAUGUUCUUGAUAAGAGGACACUCAGUAAUCAGUAGGAUUCUCAUCUUCCUCUCCUUUCAGAAAGGAAAAAGCUUGCUUCAUUUAUUUUGUCUUCCUUGGAACAUUUGUUGCUCAACCUGUUUGUCUGAUUCAAUUACUUUGAUAAAUUUAUUGAAUUUUGUUGUCUCAAAGGCAAUACAAGUUCGUCCUCAAAAGAUAACCAGAAUCUACUUUUCAUUAAUGGCCAUCAGAAGCCAAAGUUUCUUGCCGUCUGAGCCAUCUGAAUAAAUGGGAGACGUUUUAUCCCUUGAAGUAAUCAGGUAAUGGAAAUUUCUCCUAAGGGCAAGUGAAGCUAAUGUUUGCCUUCGCUUUUGAGGGGAUGCUUCUCUAAUGCACAGACGAAUGCAUCUUGUAAAGGUGUACAGACUCUUAGAGGAGAGCAUGAAUCAUGGUGUUAUUUGAGGAUUCCAUGCAAUAGCAACCCGUGGCCCAGCAUUUGGCAUCACAAAGUAGCUUGUCAAGCAGAUUGCGUGAAUUUAUUUGUUGUAGAUUCGUACUGUCUCAUUAUUACAGAGAAAUGGAAUUGCAAGAUUUCACACAUGUCAUGAGUGUAAUGGAUGCAGCUUUUGUGGUGGUGGUGGUAAUGAGGAUGAUUUCUUAGAUUAUGUGAAACUUGUCAUUGACUGUCUGUUCAAAAGGGAUGUUAACUUUUAUGAGUAAUAGUUCAGUGGUUUAGUGUCUGCAGCUAAAAAGAAAAUGCCAUAUCAGGUAGUCAGCUUUGUUAAUGAAGUCCUAGAUUUAAUGUGACAAACUGGUGAAUAUUCCAUCAGUUAACUAGGCAUCAUUUAAAAUACUAUGAAUUAGCUACUAAGAAGAGCCAUAGCUAACUAUCUAUAGCUUUUCACUUCAGCCAACAUUAACAUAUUCAAGACUUGUAUCAUUUCCUAUCUAGGUAGUUUUUUAAUGAUACAAUACUCAUAUUUUCAGUGUUUACGUAAAUUAUUUAUUCAGGCAGUUAUUAUGAAAAGUGUGCUGCAGAGGACUAUCCUCUGUUUUGCUCAAUAGAAGUUACUUAGUGUAUUUGUUUUAGAUAUGUCAGUUGUCUUUAUAUGUCCAGAGCUCACUGUCCAUAAGUCUGCUUGAUGAGCUGUAGCAUCUUCAAUAAUUGGGAUUUGGCAAGGUAUGUAAUUUAAUCAAAGUUUUGAAAACCCAAUGUGGUAUAUGCACUGUUUGCAUAUCUUGUGUGGAGAAGUUAAUCCCUCCCUCCACAACCUUUUUGUUUGCAGUUAAUAUUGCAUUUCUUGCAAAAUUGUGAAAGUGAUGCCAGGAUGCAACAGCUUAUAACAAAUUAAUAGUGCAUAUUUCAGCCUUAAACUGAUCCUAAACAAGAGGCCUUUUAUUUUUUUAUUACAAACACUAGAGAAGUUAAUCUAGGUAAUUCUUGACAAUAACCUGAUUGAUUGUAAUGCUACUUUAGCAAUGAACCAUCAAGUAUAAGUGAUAUUAACAAAAUUUACUUGGAGAAUUGGUUCUGCUUAGCCACACAGGUGGUCUGUUCCCUUAAGUGUAUUGGUCUUCUUGACUCAAGUGAUGCUCAUCUUUAGUCAAGGUCAAAUGAGAAAUGCAGCAAAAUUGUUGGUAAUUUGUAUGCAAUAAAGUCUCAUUGCUGCAGGUGCCAUGUUGCUGUAUGAUACAAAACUUGGUGGAUGUCAGUUCGUCUCUCUCUCUCUCUCUCUCUCUCUCUCUCUCUCUCUCUCUCUCUCUCUCUCUCUCUCUCUCUCUCUCUCUCUCUCUCUCUCUCUCUCUCUCUCUCUCUCUCUCUCUCUCUCUCUCUCUCUCUCUCUCUCUCUCUCUCUCUCUCUCUCUCUCUCUCUCUCUCUCUCUCUCCUUCCAUUUGCAUGUUACAACAUUCACUGUACUGUACAGUGAAAGUGCGUGCACUCCUGUAAUUCAGAGUGUAACUUGCAUGAUGGCUCUUGACAUGAAGUGUUUUUAUCAUUUUGUUACUUUUAUCAACCUGUAACUGAGUGUUGUUAUCCCAAAUCUUUAUUCCCUUUUAAUGCAAAAUUCUGUUUAAAAUUUUUUGUAUUUGUCAGAGGUAAGUUUUGUCGCAUUGGUUUGGUUGGUAUCCAUCCCUUUUAAUGCAAAAUUCUGUUUAAAAUUUUUUGUAUUUGUCAGAGGUAAGUUUUGGUUGGUAUCCAGUAUUUACUGCUUUCAAGUGUUGUGUUCAGUUUAAUGCUUUGUUUUUACUGGGCUGAAGGAGCAGUGAGCUGGGCACUACUAUUGUCAGAUAUAUAUAUAUAUCUAUAUAUAUAUAUAUAUAUAUAUAAUCAAAUUUGUACCUGAAUUUUUUUUUAGUGUUAUGCAAACAACUUUGUAGAUAGAUGGUUAUAUAUUUGUUGAUAUUUAGCUUUGUAAACAAACUACAUUAAAUAAAUCAAGGAUAAAU